CCAUCAGUGGCAGGUGCGCGCGCUACCGGAACUUUUAAAACGUGUGGGUCCCUUUCUGGGGACGGAUUUCAGCGACGUACCAGAACAAGAAGUCGCGUCCGGGUUUGUUAUAUUAAAGCGACGCAAACGGCGUCUAAGUCCUGUAAAGAAUGGCCGAGACCACAGAAAGCCAGCGGAACUACGAGGAGAUGUUUUCCCACAGAUUUUCAUCGGACGACAAAGAAUACCAACAGUAUGUGAGCCGUCCAGCUGACUCUCCACCCAUUGUGGAGGACUGGAGGAGUCGUGGAGGUGGAAACCGAGGCAGGGACAGGUACCAGGACCGUCGAGGCCGCGGAUGGGGAGGAGGCCGCGGCUGGGGAGGGGACCGCGGCUGGGGAGGGGACCGGGGAUGGAGAGGGGGCCACCAUGGACAGCAAAAAUGGCACGACAGAGAUAGGGAUAGAGAGAGGGAUAGGUACAGAGAUAGAGACGGGGACAGAGAUAGAGACGGGGACAGGGACAGGCACUCAGGUUAUGGCGGUGGUCAUCGAUCAGGUCCUCCAAGCUACAACGAUGGAUAUAACUCCUAUCAUCAGAGACCCCAAUAUGACCGCUACUGAUCUCUAUUCUAAUCUCUUAGCUGUUAUCAGUGUUUAAAGUAUUUACAGUCUCACAACUCCCAUUGCAUUACCAUUAUUUGGCAAUAGUUAACAAUCUUUUGUUUGACAGUCUUUCCACAGUCUCGUAUGCAAGGUUUGAGCAGUAUAUCAACGUUGACAAUUUACAGUUAUUAUACUAUUGUACUAAAGUGCAACUUUUUUUCAACUGUUAAAUAUAUAUUUUUAUUUUCUGAGUUAAGUCAUGACAAGUAAAUACGCAGUCAGAUUUUUCCCCAAAAUAUUUCUUUAAUCACAUUAAAUCUUAACUCUCUAUGACAAACAUUUUUCUUAUUUAAUAUUUCAGGUAUGUGGGCUGUAUGUUUGGUUAUUAUAUUGUAUGUAAGGGUUGCUUUGAGGAGAAAUAUUUUGGUGGCUUCAUCUAUAUAUGCUCUGAUAUUGCAGUAUUACAUCAUUCAUUACAGUAUUGUUGCAGACUGAAUCACAAUUUCUUGGAGAAAUCUGUUAGUAAUACAGCUUUAUUUAUCUGUGUCCCAUUAUGUAAGGAUACUUAUGAACCGAACUGUUUUCAUUAAACAUGUAUUUUCUAAAGGGAUUUAUUUUAUUACGCUCGAUGUCUAACAAAAUCUGACGUUGUCAGGCUUAGUCAAAACAAUGUCUGGCUUACAAGUGAGAAUUGAGAUUUGCACUCCUAGUGGAGAGAACCUGAUCGGUGUCGUCCCAAGUAUUUUGAGUUUGGGUCCACUGGAGACCAAACAACACAGUUGAAAUGGUACGAUGAACAUUCAAGUCCAUUCACUUUAAUUUAUAAAACGCAUUCAAACCACCUUGUGUACUGACAAUAAUAAAAUCUGCAAUGGAUGCAAAAGUAUAAUUAAAAACAAUCUAUUCUUUCCUGGAAGAUGUUUUUAAAGUGAUUUAAAAUCUGUCGCUUCCGGCUCAGAAAUGAAGCUGAACUGUACAUCUUCGACUAAUAGAUGGCACAUUAAACAAAGUGGCUUGAACAACUGCACUGUGUGUAAUGGGAAAGUAGCAUUCACAGUGAAUGGCUCAGCACAAGCCACAGACUUAAUAGUUCAACCCGUGAAAAGCAACUGAAAUAUUUAUAUGCAUCAUUAAUACAUUAUUACUACAUGCAUCAUUGGCUAUGGCAUAUGUAGCUCACUGCCCUAAAGAUGUCAGGGCUCGCAGUCCUUUCGCAGCACAUCUUAAAUGAAGUAACAAACAUCAUACCAUUGGUCAAAUUCACUGAAGCACAAGACAAGCUGACACGCAUUGUUUUAUUGCUGCUUGAAUGGCAUUUGCGGGGUUUCUAUUUAUGGCCGCGACAGAGAUGGGGUUUACAGUUCAUUUUGACUUCAGCAGUUCAAUCAGCUGUGAUGAUAAGGGAGGGAGGAGGUUAUGGAGAAAGUGUGUGUGUGGGGGGGGGGGGAUGUGCUAAAACUGGCACACAGCAAGCAAGGCUGCCAUCACCACUGUAAUCAGUUUAGAUUAGAGAUACUUCACCCCAGAAUGCGGCAUCUUUGCAGAGCAGUGAUUUGCUGGACACAGACAGUAAAAAUGUUACUGCUGUUAUUGGUAAAGAAAUAUCAAAAUGUAACUUGUGUUUUGAAGGCACAGAAAAUAAAUCGGUUAGAGUCCAGCAAACAAAUACAUAGUUGAGCAUCUGAUAUCUGAACAUUUAGAUAUAGGGCUUUUAUUUGGAUAAUUCUCUUAAUUGGUACAGUACAAUAAUUUCAUUUUUCUUAAACACACAUACACAAGCCAAAUAUUCAGACAUGACCUUUUUCUCUGUACAAAUACUGAAUUUACGUUGGGAAAUCUGUAAAUUGGUACAAUAAAAUAUUUUAUUUUCUACCUA